AUGUUUAUAUUUCUCUCCCUACCGUCUGGAAACGAUCAACCGCAUUCAAACUACGAGAGAAAGACGUUGGAGGUAUACCAGACACUGUUGUCAAACUCUCUUGCUGAGUUGAAUAAAUCCGAAUAUCUUCUGGGGUAUGGUAAUAUUACAGGGUACCAACUCUCGUAUGAAGAUCAUUUACAACACAAGAAAGUUAAGGAUUGGCCUUUUCGUCAUUACGACAAAGAUCACCCAUGGAAAGAGAACCAAGAAGAUUCGAUAUUGCCUAAUUUUGUGAGUGAAAAAGUACGGCUGUUUUGGGGUAGAGACUAUGCAAGCAAAGAAGGUGACGCGUAUUUGUUGAAUAUAUCAGGUAGAGCCGAUGGUGAUUUUAUCCCAAUCAAGAGUGAAGUGAAGGUUGUGGAUCUUGUGAUUCCAAAGUAUUUGAGACAAUAUUACGAUUCUAGAUCAAACUUUGAUGAUGAUGAUGAUGAUGAUAGUAAUAAUAAUAAUAACAAUAAUAUUGAUGAUGAUGAUGAUAACACAGAUGCUCGUAGUAGCAGUGUUAAAAGUGGUAACGGUGAAGCCGCAGAUGGAAGAUAUAUUAGGAGAAGCGAUAGUGAAAUUGGAGCUAGUAAAGAAAACCUGGCUGCAUCCAGUAUGGCUGUAAAUGAACAAUACCCAAGAGUUGGAAAUAUCACAAAGGAAGGGUUGAUUUCUGUGGUUGUUAAAGGGUACCAAUACAACUACAAUGAGCCCGAUUUUAAAGUUGUGAAUGAAAGUGAGAAAGUUGGAGAUGCCAUAGUUGCAGACUUGCUGUUGACGUUAAAAGACUAUUUAGAAGUUGAAGACCAUCUGUUGCAGCUAAGCGGUGUUUAUUUUCAAAACACUGGCUCGUUGGUGGCCACAACAAACUCGGCCAAGUUUUUUGGUUCUUAUGGGUUGAGUCAUCUUGUAAUGAAUGAGGACAAGUUUCAAACAGCAAAGACUUUGAUGAAGCAAUUCAACAAUAUAAAGAAUGACAAGGAAGUUACUCUUGAUGAUAUGAAUAGUUCGAUAUUGAAGUCGAUGGACCAAUGUGAGUUUGUUACGUUUAUCCAAUUCAACAAGACAGGCUUCUCACAUGAUGACUUGAGGUAUAUUGAUAAUGAAUUGAAACACCCUACUGGAAGUCCAUUGCCCCACGAGUUGCCUCAAUUAUCCAUUGGCGAGAUAAUGGUUUACUCUCCUGACUGUGGAGUUGUUUUGACAAAGAGACCACAAACUCCAUUUGUUGGACGCAAAUCGGAGGUCUUGCGUGCCCAAAUGAAGAAUGUUUUGACUGGGUUGCUUGUAUUGGUUUGCGCGCAGUUGUAUUUAAUUUUCAAGCAAGUGAACCUGGCGAGGACACCUGGCCAAUUAUCUGUCAUAUCGAGCAAGACUUUGUUUCUACUUGGAUUUGAAGAUUCCCUCUUGGCUCUCAUGUCGCUUCUUCUUUCAACAGUCACAGAAGACUUGUAUUUGCUUCUUGCAUGUAUCGCCACUAUUGCAUUUAUGCUGUGUGGUAUAUUUGAGAUGAGGUUUAUGGUUAGUGUUCUUACAACACAAGCCAAUGAGAGAGGCACGACAUGGUGGGAGAUUAUGAGGGGUGCAAGCAACAUUCCAUCUGAGUCUCGAACUGGUGGUGAAUCGGUAGCUGAAGCAGAAAAUUCCGAGGGGCCAAUACUUCCCAUCGCCAAUACUCCAACAGCAACAGCGGCACAACAACAACAACAACAACAGCCUCUACAACAGCCACAGCAAAAUGAACCUGUUCCAGAUCAAGCAUGGCAAGAGACUUCAUACAGUAACUCUAUCUUUGCCUCUGGGUUUACAUUUACUAUAAUUGCCAUGUUUCUAAUUUUCUCAUCCUUGAGCUGGCGAUUAAGGUAUCGAAUUGUAUUUGAGUACAUGUGUCUAAUAUUUAUCAACUCGUUUUGGAUACCUCAAUUUUUAAGAAAUACGCUAAAGAAUAGGAGAAAAGCUUUUAAUUGGCAGUUUGUUUUUGGAAGCAGUAUCAUUAGAGUGUUGCCAUUAUACUAUUUUGCAUUGUACAAAGGUAAUCCCUUAAGACAUAGAUAUGACCCUACAUUAUGUAUUGUUGUUACCAUCUGGAUGGUGAUCCAAUUAUUUUUAUUGGUGUUGCAGAAUGUUUUUGGUGCAAGAUUUUGGAUCAAUGAAAGUUGGUUACCCAAGGCGUACGAUUACCAACCGGUAUUGACAUUGAGAAAUCUCAAGGAAGAUGGAUUUUCAAGUGAUUUGUUGGCGAGUUUCAAGCAAAAAGUCACCACCUCUGCAGCUUCAACUGCUGCAGAUGCAACCUCUCCACAAACUUACGUGGAGUGUGAGUGCACUUGCCCAAUAUGUAUGGCCGAAGUUACAUUACCAAUCAUUAUGAAGGAUGAAGUAGAAGAGAGUUCCAAAAGAAAAGUACACAUUCCAAGUGGUGUUAAAAAGGAGUAUAUGGUCACGCCAUGUCACCAUAUUUUCCACGUGGAGUGUUUGGAGAGCUGGAUGAAGUAUAAAUUACAAUGUCCAGUUUGCAGAACUAGCUUACCGCCAAUAUAG